AUGGGUGAAAGGAUGUAUCUCACCUCCUGUGUCAUAAUCAACACCAUUUUCACUGUUGGAUGGAAUUCCAAGAUUGAAUAUUUUGAUCCAGAAUCCAGAGCUUGGAGAGUUGUGAGAGGAAUUGAAUCUUUACCUAAGUUUGACUUGUUCUCCACUGCAUUGUUUAACUUCAAUGGGAAGCUCAUGGUUUUGCACAAGAAGAGGCCAGAGGAGAUCUGGUUCACAUUGAUCAUAUUAGAUAAACAAGGGCUUCAUAUGUGGGGAUGGGUUGAAUCUUGCAACUGUGGUCUGAUUCUCCAUACACCUGCAGAGAUUCUGCAAUUGGCAAGCCUUGAGAUAUGA